AUGAAGUACCGCGACGAUCCGUUGUGGCUUGACGUGGUCAAAGUGCCGCAAGAUGACGGCCCUAAUCCCAUCGUGAGCAUCGCGUACUCGCCCGAAUUUACGGACGUGAUGGACUGUUUCCGAGGCGUGCUCCAGACGAACGAGCUCAGCGAGCGCUCUUUGGCUCUCACGCGGGACGUGAUCAACGCGAAUCCAGCCAAUUACACGGUCUGGUACUUUCGACGGUGCGUGCUCAAGGCUCUGGGCUCGGACCUGCGUGCAGAGCUCCAGUUCACAGCCGACGUAGCUCUUGAGCAUCCUAAGAAUUACCAGAUCUGGAACUACCGGCGCGAGAUUUGUACCAUACUGGACGACGGCAGUGCAGAAAAGGCACUGUGUGCCAUGUCUUUUGACGUGGAUGCCAAGAACUACCAUGCGUGGGCGCACCGACAGUGGACGGUCCAGACCUUUUCACUCUGGGACGGAGAGCUCGAGUUUGUCGACAAGAUGCUGGAGGAGGACGUGCGUAAUAACUCGGCGUGGAACCAUCGCUGGUUCGUGCUCAACAAUACAAACGGACUUGCGAGCGACGAAGAACGACAGCGCGAAGUCGACUAUACGCUGAUGAAGAUUGCAGUGGCUGUGCACAACGAGAGCCCGUGGAACUACCUUCGAGGUCUUGUCCGCGGCCGUGAAGCUACCUUUGCUGCACAGCUGAAGGAAAAGACGCAGGACAUACUAGCAGCUGCAGGCGAUUGUAUCUUUGCGGCAGCGCUGCUGGUAGAUCUGCUCGUGAACGAGAGCACAGCUGGGGCUCUUGAAGAAGCGAGAAAGCAUCUGGAGAUACUGAUGAACGAGACGGACCGCAUGAGGAAAGCGUACUGGCAAUUCCGCCUGUCGACGCUUCAGUAG